AUGUCUUUGGCCAACGUCGACGACUUUGCUCGGAGAAUUGUUCUGUGUCCCAGGAACGACGAUUGUAGAGAUGUCAACAGGGACGUGCUGCGACGCGUCGACGGCGYUCAGAGGAGCUACACCGCCAUCGACACUGUGGUCGUCGACGAUCCMGACGAAGUGGCCAAUUUCCCCACAGAGUUCCUCAACAGUUUGGAACCAGACGGCUUGCCGCCGUACCGGCUGACGUUGAARGUGGGUUCAAUUGUUAUGUUGCUCAGAAAUCUAGAUCCAAAGAGACGACUGUGCAACGGUACGAGGUUGRUGGUCACCGAACUGCGUCAUCAUAACUUUAAAGCCAGGGUUUUGAGCGGUGACGCACAGGAAGAUAUCAUCGUGCCAGCGAUACCGCUCACGUCCAGUAGCGAAGACCUGCCCAUCAUAAUGCGGCGUGUUCAAUUCAGGUUGUCUUUCGCCAUGACUAUCAAUAAGUCACAGGGUCAGACGUUUGAUCGAGUGGGUUUGCUACUGCCGUCGCCCGUGUUCACGCAUGGGCAACUGUACGUAGCUUUUUCGAGAGUGAGAAACGCACAAUCACUGAGAGUAGGCAUGUACGGUGAUGACGGUCGAUUCGUCACCAAGAAUAUCGUGUACAGGGAAGUAUUAUAA